AUAAUAAAAAACAGAAGAUAAUAAAAAACAGAGGUUUGCGAUGAUUUUUCAAUCUUUUAUACUGGAUAAUCUAGUAUACUUAUGCAUGAAGAUAAUGAAUUCGGUCGUUGUGGUCGGACUCUAUUAUGGAUUUCUGAGCACAUUCUCCAUAGGGCCCUCUUAUCUCUUCCUUCUUCGAGCUCGGAUUAUGCAAGAAGGGACCGAGAAGAAACUAUCAGCAACAGCUGGGUUUAUUACGGGACAGCUCAUCAUGUUCAUAUCGAUCUAUUAUGCGCCUUUGCAUCUAGCAUUGGGUAGACCUCAUAUAAUAACUGUCAUACCUCUACCCUAUCUUUUAUUUCAUUUCUUCGGCAAUAAUAAAAAAAACUUUUUGAAUUAUGGGGACAAGAAAAAGAAUUCAAUACGUAAAUUUAGCAUUCAAAGAAUAUUCUUUACUAAUCUUAUUUUUCAGUUAUUUAACCCCCUUGUCUUACCAAGUUCCAUAUUAGUAAGAUUAGUAAACAUCUAUAUGUUUAGAUGCAACAAUAAAUUGUUGUUUGGAGUAUUCAAAUCCGCACGAAUCGGAUUUUUUGAGGAGCAUAUCGAGAGAGAAUUGGAUUUGGUUAGACAAUGUGUGGUUGGUAAACAAGGAUCGGUUUUUUAGCAAGGUACGGAAUGUAUCAUCAAAUAUUCAAUAUGAUUCCACGAGAUCUAGUUUCAUUCAAGUAACGGAUUCUAGCCAAUUGAAAGGAUCUUCUGAUCAAUCCAGGGAUUCCAUUAGGAAUGAGGAUUCGGAAUAU